UAGCCCAGCCGUUUGGAAAGAAGCAGUUUGCAACGAAAUAUUUGGCGAAAAAUAAAACAGAAAUUCGAAGCAGAAACAUGGCCGGACGUGAAGCUAUCAAGCGCGCCGUUCAGCAGGUGCGCCCUAUUCUGUCCGUGGAUCGCGAAGAGGCGCGCAAGCGUGCCCUGAACCUUUACAAGGCCUGGUAUCGUCAAAUACCUUACAUAGUUAUGGACUAUGACAUACCCAUGAGCGUGGAGCAGUGCCGCGCCAAGCUGCGCGAAGAAUUUGUGAAGCAGCGCCAUGUGACAGAUAUACGUGUCAUUGAUAUGCUGGUCAUAAAGGGCCAAAUGGAGCUUAAAGAGUCAGUUGAGAUAUGGAAGCAAAAGGGCCACAUAAUGCGCUACUGGAAAGAGUCGCAGGAUCCCAAACCUACAGACUUCCUCUCAAAGUUUAUUCAGGGCGUUUAGGUUUAUCCAAAGUUCUAAAUGCUCAUAAAAUUUACAAUAGUAUAAAUACAUCCAAUUAUAUUUGAAAAGAAA